GAUGCACCGUUGGCGUUUUUCUGCACCUCGCCGUUGGACUCGAUGCGGACAGUGUCUGUGUAGUAUAGUCACCACAUUGCAAUGAAGACCAUGUAAACACCGCGGAUUUCGUUCAGCCGUUGAAGACUCCAACCGCUUCGGAUUCGCAGUUGAACUCUGCGGAGCAGCCACAUACCCUAACCCGAACCAGCCAGCUGCCUUGCACGGGGACGCCAAUGCCGUCAUCCCCCGAUGCGCCAAGGAGGCAAGCUGCCGACCCUGAAUAACCACCUCCAAGCUACUAAUACGUCCAACAUACUGAGACCGUGCAUUUCUCUCUCGCCGAACUUGCACGUUCACGGUUCACAGCCAUAUCUGAUGUACCAACAACCGCGCUGAGCGCACGAAACCCGACGAGCUGGCGACCGCCAUGCUCUCCGCAUUCACAGCUCGACCCAUCAUCGAGCUCAAGCAACGGGACAAGUCCAAGAUCGAGUCUAUCCUCGCCUAUGGUGAUCGUGUUCUCGUCGGCCUCAACACUGGCUCCCUGCGCAUCUACCGAGUCAACGACCCUCCUGCUGGGCCCGACGCGACAGCCGACAACGGCAUCUCCUCCGUUCCGCCUGAUACCGAGGAUGCAACCUCUGCGCCUCCAGCCUCCCAGAAUGGACAGAAAGCGCCAAACUCACAGGCAGGCAAGCCAACAGACCUCCUCCGCGAGGUAGAGAAAUUCUCGACACGUGCUAUCGAGCGGCUCGCCAGAAUUAAAGAGGCCAACAUCCUCGUGUCCCUCUCGAACUAUGCCGUGUCUCUGCACGACCUCCAAACCUUCGAGCCCAUCGAAGCACCUAUUGCCCGCACCAAGAAUGCCUCCACUUUCGCCGUGACCAGCAACAUUGUCAAGGACCCGGCCACGGGCAUUCCCGAGAUUAUCUCCAGGCUAGCUGUGUCCGUCAAGCGCCGCCUCCUUCUCUGGUCGUGGCACGAGAGUGAACUGUCACCGGAUGUCACCGAGAUUGUUCUUGCCGAGUCGAUCCGGUCCAUUACCUGGGCCAAUGCAACAAGGGUUGUUUGUGGCAUCAACAGCGGCUAUGUCAUGGUUGAUAUCGAGACCGGAAAUACCGAGGAUAUUGUCUGGCCCGGCGCCAUCGGUGGUGUGGCAGGUGGACAAGGGCGCUUUGGAGCCGUCAGCGCUGCCGGGAUGGGAUACAUGGGUCUGGGCAGCUACAUGCCGAAGCCGCUUGCAGCAAAGCUUGCUGAUGGUGAGCUGCUGCUCGCCAAAGAUACCAACUCCUUGUUCAUCAAUGACCAGGGAAAGGCUACUGAGAAACGUCAGAUUCCCUGGCAGGCAGCGCCCGAGGAGAUUGGGUACAGCUACCCAUACAUACUAGCGCUGCAGUCUCCAGCAAAGGGGAGUCUAGAAGUCCGAAACCCCGACACCCUCAGCCUGUUACAGACUAUUAGCCUUCCUGGGGCCUCCUCGCUGCAUGUCCCGCCUCCCACCGGCAGUCUCGCACACGCCGGGAAGGGCUUCCAUGUCGUAAGCGAAAGGGUGGUGUGGAAGAUGGACGCCACGAACUAUGACUCUCAGGUCGAUGAGCUGGUCGGUAGUGGUAGGCUCGAUGAAGCAAUCAGUGUCUUGGGUAUGCUCGAAGAUGCUUUGCUCAAGAACAAAACAGAAACAUUGCGUGAGAUCAAGAUGCAAAAGGCGGAGGUCCUAUUUCGCCAAAAGAAGUACCGCGAAUCAAUGGACCUGUUCAAUGAGGACGAAGUCAACGCCCCGCCGGAAAGGGUGCUGCGGCUCUUUCCCAAAAUCAUCGCCGGCGAUCUGUCAGCGGUCGAGGACGAAAGGCAAGAUGAAUCGGAGCAGGAGAGCUUCGACGGGAAGGCGAACGGGGAGCAGGAGGCAAAGCAAGACGUCGUCGAUGUUUCCUCGCCUAUCAAGGCCGGGGGGUUCGCCAAGUAUCUCAUGGGUGGCAACCGGAAACAUAACCCCGAAACAUCCUCGAUCGCCUCGUCCAAGAGGGGUUCUGACGACGAGGCAGCAAGCAUCAAGGCAAAAGCCCAGGACGAACAAAGUCAACGGGAAAAGGACCUAAUGGCCUCCGUUCUGGAACUGAACAGCUACCUUGCCGGCGCCAGAGCACGACUCCAGCGAGUCAUCGACCCAGCGACGGGCAAGCUGAAGCCGCGCAAAUCGCACAGCGGCUCGGCUGAAGAUGCGUUCAAGAGCUUGAUGCUGUCCUCCCCGGACGAAAGCGACGAGCAGCUCGAAAGGGAGCUGCAGAACACGUUCAAGCUCGUCGACACCACCCUAUUCCGCGCCUUCAUGUACUCACGUCCAACACUAGCAAGCUCGCUGUUUCGCAUUCCCAACUUCUGCGACCCUGACGUGGUCAACGAGCGGCUCGUCGAGCAAAACCGCUUCAACGAGCUGGUCGACUUCUUUUACGGCAAGAAGCUCCAUCGCGAGGCGCUCAGCCUGCUGCGCAAAUUCGGCUCGCCGGAUGAACCCGACGAGGCGGCGCCGACCUUGCACGGCCCGCAGAGGACGGUCAUGUAUCUGCAGGGCUUGCCACCCGACAUGAUUGACGUUAUCCUCGAGUUCUCAGAGUGGACGCUAAGGAAGGAUCCCGAGCUUGGGAUGGAGGUGUUCCUUGCGGACUCGGAAAAUGCAGAGACGCUGCCGAGGGACGAGGUCAUCGCCUUCCUUGAUGGGAUUGACAUUGGACUCGAGAUUCGGUACCUGGAGCACAUCAUCAACGAGCUGAAUGACAUGACGCCCGACUUUCACAACCGACUGGUUGAGUUGUUUAUCAGGCAGCUGAUGGGGAAAGAAAAUGGAGACGAAUGGGAUGCUCUCAUGGAGCGACUGGUGCGCUUCUUGAGGGAAAGCAAGCAGUACAGCCUCGGCAAGGCGCGCGGCCUGAUCCCAAGGAAUGACCCGCGCUUCUACGAAGCACAGGCCGUUGUGCUCAGCAACAUGGGCCAGCACAGACAGGCACUGAUGAUUUAUGUCUUCAACAUGAAAGACUACGCCAAGGCCGAAGAUUACUGCAAUCGUAUCCACAAGACCCAAGACGCCCAGUGUCACACAACCGAUGGCAUUGCCCCUUCUACCACAAAAGACGAAGCCCAACCAACUAGCACCGAAAAGCCGUCCAUCUACCACACGCUGCUCUCCCUCUACCUGACCCCGCCGCCAGAAUACUCCCCCGAGCUCGAGCCAGCCCUCGACCUUCUCUCGAAACACGGCUCCCGCCUCCCUGCGGCCUCAACCCUCUCUCUCGUCCCAGACACCCUCCCCGUGGCUCAGCUUGAGUCCUACUUCCGCGGCCGCAUGCGCAGCGCCAAUAGCGCGGUGAACGAGACCCGCGUGCUAGCGGGCCUGAGGAAGACGGCGCUCUUCACCAGCCAGUCGCUGCUCUACCUAGGAGACGGAAUUCCCGGCGGACAAGGAGGGAGGAAUAGACGGGUGCUGAUUGGUGAGGAGGAGGUAUGCGGUGUGUGCCACAAGCGGAUCGGCGGUAGUGUUGUCGCCGUGCUGCCGGAUAAUGCGGUGGUCCAUUAUGGGUGCUUGGGCAGGUCGGCUGCUGGUACUGGGAUGGGUGCCGGGUUGAGAUCGUUGUCGCCUGGAGAUAGCAGGACUGCGAGCAUGAGAUCAGGGUCGGCGGGGCUUUCAGCUGGUUCGUGGGGGAGGGUAGGCGGGUGACCAGGGGGAUUAAUGCUGGGUAUGGAAGUUAGGACCGACAGGUUGGGCGUAGGUAUGGCGCUUCUGAUAUCGUGUCAUAUCUUGAUCGGCUAGUCUGUAUUGCGAGCGCCUUCUCCGGUCCAGUUAACCUGAGGGCUCGACUUCGAUCAUGGCAAGCUUGUCUACACCGAGACAAC